AUUCAAUCCCAGCAAACAUACCUAUAUCGGGCCGAUAUCGGCUAUAUGAUGGAAUAUCUGUGUCGGCUACCAUAUAUCGGACCGAUGUCUAUCCGAUAUUGACAUAAUUCACUGAUAUAGGUCCGACAUUGGUCCGAUUUAUAUUCGUUUGACGUGAUUUAAGUUUUAUCAUGGUAACGUUUUUAAGCAUACAGGACCAUGAAACCGGGAAAAAAUUUCCGAAUUUUAACGCGUUUAACCAUUGAACGGAUAUUUAUCGUAAUUUGCACAAUGGUAAAUAGUUACCUACGCACCGUACAUCCGGGCACGCUUACAUUUGGCGGAAAACUCAACAAGGGACAAAAGUUCGAAUAUUUACAAUCGCUGGCACGAGAUAUCCGCAUUUUUACCCUAUUAGAAAAAAUGUCUCGACAACAGACACAAAUAUUGGACACUGUUCAUCAGGUAUUUGGCGUCUUGUCAAAGUUGGAAAGUCAAGAUGGUGGUGGACCAACUGAAUUGCCUGAUGAUAUUCAUUUACCAGUUACAAGCAUUGAAGAACUGGAGUUGGUUGAGACAGGUUUACAAGAACCUGGUUGUUUCAAUGGCUUGGUCACAUACCUGACACUGCAAGGAGGUAUCACAAGAAGCGAUAUGUCAAAAAGAGUCAUGAAACACUGCAUGUCAAAUCAGUUGGCACUUCAGUUCAACUGGUUUGGCAAGAAAGGGAAGAGAGCGUUUGGGAAACUGAAGCUGGCCAAGGCAGUGCAAAAAGCAGUCAUGAAAUGUAAAAAAUGUACAGCAGCUGAAGUCGAAUUAGAUUGUAGAGAAUGGUUUCGAAGUGCAUGUGACAGAGACGGGGACCAUAAAAGAAGACAAAAAACCAAUGAAGGUGUCCAAGAAACACCCACUGAAUAGAACUUUUUAAUAUAUUUAUAGCGAUAUUGAAAGAAAAAAGAUGGCUCUUUUAAAUUGGAAGUAAUGUAAAGGACUUGUAUCAUUCUAGCCUAAUAGUUCAAGAACAUAUAGCCUAAGAAGAAUAAAUCAUACCUAAAUAGUGAUAUAGUUAAACUAAACAUUAUUGAGAUAUAUUUAAGAAACAAUAUCAGUUUCUGUGUUGUUCAUCGGCUAUUUAAAAUCAGUUUAAGCUUGUGUGUCAGGCAGGAUUAUAUAUAUUGUGUUUACAUCGUUUCUGGAUUAAUGAUUCUUCAGCCCCUGACCAUAUAUUCCGUUUAAAAGUGACGCCAUUCUGGCACUUGUAUGAACAAGCUGCAUUCUUGGAAUGACGUUUUUAUGGUGCUUACGAGUUCGCGUCAAUUUGUCUUAUAAAACUUAUAUCAAUCUGUUGGGUCGGUGAAUGUGAGAUGUUACUUUAGCAUCAUAUGAAAAGAAGAAAAAAAGUGAACUGAAAACAUCAGAAAAAGUGCGUUAUUAUUUUUGCCGUAAAAAGAAUUUGAAAACUAUUUUAUUGAGGGAGAACAAAAAACAGCGGCAUAUUUGUGUAGUCCAUAAUCAGUGCUUAUGGGAAGUUUAUGCCGUUAAAAUCCUUCUUUGUUAUAGAAACAAAAUCUCAAGGAGUGUUAGAUUUACAUAAGAUGUACAUAUUGUUAUUGUUUUUACUCAUUCAGAGAAUUUCAGUAUUUCAAUCGCACAUAUCAAAUAUUGAGAUUAUGGUCAUAGCUUCAUGAUAAUCAAAUAAUUUUUACAAUUAUAAUACUAAAUCCUGCGAUUUGUGAAACUAUAAUUCAAUUAUUGUUUUUGAUUCGUUAUUAUAGGUUGUUUUUUUGUUUUAUGCUUUGUAAAAAAUAUUAUAAAUCCAUUUUAUUACCAUGCCUUGCCAAAUGUAUAGUCAAGUCUAGUCUUUAUUUUUUGCAUUGUUUUUUACAUUGUUUUAUUCUUACAUUUAUUUUCUUUAAUAAUUCUGCAUAAUUGCUGAUAUUUUUUUUUCUAUUAUUGCAUAAUAGCUGAAGUAUAAAGAAAAAAAACACCCAUACAAAUGCAAUGUUGUAGAUUCAUUCUCAGUUUUUAAAUGGAAUUGAAAUCAUAGCUUUUGAACAUAUUAAGUUUUAUUAUUGGCAUUUUUAAUUUGUUUGUUUAUAAUGUUUUACCAAGGAAGCAGAACUAAAUUGAAUUAUUACUAGUCUUUUAUAUCUUUUUUUAGUCAGGUAUGUUUUUAUUUAAAGUGAAGAUGUAUAUUUGUUUAGAAAUGGAAGCAUGAGAAAAGAAUUAACAGUGAUGUUUGUACAAUAUAUAUAUUAUUUAUCAACAGAAAUAACAAUUGAAGAUGGCCAUAAGGAGUUGUUUACCAAUUAAUGCAAUCUAAUGUAAAAGUCAAAAAAAUAUUAUUUAAUGUGGGAAUCAAAAUAUUAGUUAUAGUAUGAUAAAAUGAUAUACUGUCAUCAGUGGGGAACUUUCUCAAGAGUGAAUCUAUUAUAUUCUUUAA